UUUCAGAGUCCUCACAAUAAACAGAUUUUUAUUUUGUGAUUUCAUUUGACUGCUGAUAUAGCUGGGAAUAAAUCAGACACUGGUUAAAGAAAAAGAAUCGAGUUUGAAAUAAUUGCUCUACUAUUUUCCAGAAUUUGAUUUUCCUGGUGAGAGGGACAAGGCAAUCUAAUUCUUAUCUCUCCCACUUACACACUCCCAGAAGCCUUUAGGAUGUCCUCUUUAUCCCUGGUAUAUUGAAAUUGUGACAUUAUACGUGGACACCCAGCUCUGCAUCCUUCUCCAUUGUUCCUGUUUGACACUUAUACACAUGUUUUGAUUCCGGCUCCUGUCUUGUUUCAGUACAAUAACAUUUCAGAUUUUCUCUGGAUAGUGGUGUCUUCAUCCUUUGAAAUGCCAAUUAUAAGAAUUAAAACUUCCUUGACUAAUUCUCCUCAUCAUUCUACUUUUCUUUCGUCCAGUUUCCCAUUAGUACUCUGAGGAAUGCAUCGUGUCCUUGGACAAUGUCUACUACAAGCUCUUUCUGUGGGUUUGUAACUAAUUAGAAUAUGUGGCAGUUAGCUAUAGCUGCAUAACAAAUAACCACAGAACUCAAGGAUAUUGAACAAUGAAUAUUUCUUGUGCAUCACCAGGCUGGCUAGGAGAUGUGCUCUCUUCUGGCCUUGGCUAGGGCAGCUUAGUGUCACAAAUCCCUCAUCCUACACAGACUACAUGGCUGGACACCAUAUGUCUUCCCAGGGAUGACAGAAACUCAAGGUCAGCAGGCAAAAUGAUACCUUCACAGCAGCUUGCAUUUUGGCUGAUUUCCUAUCAACCAAAGCCAGACAUAUUCUGAGCUCGGGGUUGGAAAAUUACACCCACCUGCUGAGUAGGAGGGCAGUGCAAAGUCACAUGGCUGAGAUGGUGGAUACUGACAAGGGUGAAGAAUCAGGCCAUUAAUUUCAUCAUAGUCUGAGUAGUGUGUAAGCCCUCUUAUAGUACCCGUGCUGUCAACACCAGCUUCACAUGUGGAAAGAUGGACAACAUUGCACAUAUACAGGCCGAGAGUGAGUGCCAGGGCCAUCCUGGGUGUUUCUCCUCCACUUCUGCUCCACCUCCUGUGCUCCUGCUGUACCUGGUGCUGCCAGCAGGUGCUCAGGUCAGGCUGGUCAUGGAGGCUCCUGACGCUGGAACUUAGAACCUGGCGUGCUGAGCGCGCUGCUCAGAACACAGAACGUCAGCAAACACUGAUCCCUUCACCUUGGCAAAGUCUGUAGUCAACACAAACCUCCUAGAGUAGCGGACCCUAUUCAAAGGACCUGACCCUGCUGAACUGCCCUCAUGGGCAGUUACCUGGACAAAUCUGGCCCACAGCAGCCUGCCCCAGCUCAGCAGGGCAGGGACCUGCAGGAGAGGCCAGACUGCAGCCCACCUGCCUGGAUCCCACCUCCUGCUUGGGUGACCCAUCCUGUCCGCCAUAUUUACCCCUUGCUCCUCACUCCUCUGCUCCCCGCCUCCAGGAGGCCUUGCCACACAGACUGCAGGACAUCCUCAAAGCGCUACAUGAUGUUACCUCAAAGAUGGGAUCCACUUCGACAACCCGGGUAUUUCCGUGUGGGGGUACUUCCCAGGGUGUGCUGCAAUGGCUGCCCCAACAAGAAGACCCUGUUUGGCAUUUCAGGUGGGUGGGCAGCCCGGGGACUGUGAGGAUCCCCCUUCCUGACAGAAAAUGGACUCGUUCUGCAGGACCAGAGCAGGUGAUCAGCUCAGCACUGUCCUCACCAUCACGUUUUAUCCCUGACCCAAGUGCAAAUGAGACUGUCCCGAGUGCCCUCAAAGACAGGAUGAAAAAGACAAUGAGGGGAGAAGACCAAAUAUUUGCUGAUGGCCAGGAAAAUAAAAGAAGUUGCCAUGACAGAAGUGGGACUGGACAUUCAGCCCUUGAGCCCCUGGUGGCCAAAGGAAUCCCGGCACAUAUACAGGUGCCUUUGGUACCUAAGCCUGAGUCUCUGAAGAAAGGUCCUGAUUCCCAGAGCUCAGAGGACCCCUUGCAUAAGAGAUCAUGCACAUCUUCUGCGAGCUCCUUGGCCAGCACGUACACAUGUGGCGUCCCCGUCCCCAGAAGCAAUGCCAUUACCAGUUCCUACAGCUCUACCUGAGGCUUCUCAGAGCUCCAGAAGAGAAGCGGCCCCA